GUCCAGCGUCGCGCGGCUUUUGUCUGCCUUUGGCUCAGUUUCCGGUCGCACGGAAACGAACGGCCGGGGGGUUCGGCAUCCCGCGAUGUCGAUCCACGUUCAGGAUUUGGUGGGGAACAAGUACACCGUGGAGUUGGCAGGACUGAGAACGGUCAGCGACCUCAAAAAGGCAUUGGAUACCAUAAUUGUGGAUAUGCCUCCAGACCAGCAGAAGCUCAGCAAGCUCCCCAGCGAGCAAAGGCUGCAGCCGGACACGGCGCUGUUGGAAGAGCUGGGCGUCAAGGAGGGGGAUGUGCUCGAGCUUCAGGUUCUUUCCUGGACCGAAGCGCAAGGAUUGUGAGGCCCUUGUACAGCUCGCAGCUCGCAGGCCUCGAGGUGAGUCCUCCCUCGGACGCGGAAGUGGCGACCUGCGCUAGGCAGCAAAA